ACAUGCAAAUGCAGCAACAUGCACAAAACCUUGCUUGUUAUUAAGAAAACUAGAGAAAAAAGAAAGCAGAAGAUGGGAAAGCAAUCCUCACUCUUCUCUUUCUGCAACAUGUUCAAGGCCUGCUUCUCGAGCGGCAGAAGAGACGAUGUGUACUCCGAUGAUGGCGGUGUUUAUGUUAGACGGAGAAUAUGUCCCAGUGAUGAAGACAGAGGUGGAUGGACAGCCGAGCCUGGCAUCGACCGUAAGGCCACUGCUUUCAUUUCCAGAUUCUACGAGAGUCGUGUUUCGGAUCCCGAAUGCGAAGCUCUCGCAGUCUGAUCAGUACCAGGUUUCCAUUGAGCUAGAAAUGUAAAAAGUGGCUUGAUCAAGAUCAGCUGAUUGUAUUUAUCAAAUUUUUGGUCAUGCUUCCUUCCUUCCUUCCUCCCCUUCUUCUUCUUCUUGUCUUAUGUAAUAUUUUAUUGGAAGUGUGCAUGUAAGCUAUGUGAGUUAGUUAUAACAAAUAAUACGGAUAAUAAAUUGUCUUGUAAAA